UUGGGCCGAGACCCUGCAGUUUGUGUCAUCCCAAACCAGAAAACUGAUGAGAUUUACAACUCUUAUCUGCCACAGAGAUCUCGGUAAUUGCGUUUCUCAUACGAGGUGUUGCACGACGGGAGCUUAUGUAUGCUAAGCUAAUCAUUAAAGAUAAUAAAGGUGCUCGUGUCACAGAGUUACCUUGAAUUCUAACCAACCAAACCAUUGAUUUUUUUUUUUUUUGUGGCCCAGAUGAGAGCGUGAGGAGCCACGCUGAGCAGACAUGGAUCAACAACCCAGCCGACCGAGUUGGAGCAGGCAAAUAGAGUUCACCUUGGCCGGUAUCGGCUAUGCCGUGGGACUGGGGAAUGUCUGGAGGUUUCCAUUUCUCUGCUACAGGAGUGGAGGAGGUGCCUUUUUGGUGCCUUACCUGUUUAUGCUGGUGGCGCUGGGGAUCCCUCUGCUCUACAUGGAGCUCAUUGUAGGCCAGUACAUGAGGAGAGGACCUGUCCAGGCCCUGGCAAAUGUCUGCCCACUGUUAAAAGGAGUAGGCGUGGCAUCUGUGGCCAUUUCCUUCAUCAUGUGUACCUACUACAACAUCAUCAUUACCUGGGGCCUGUAUUAUCUGUUCAGCUCCUUCCAGUCACCGCUGCCCUGGCAGGGCUGCAACAACACCUGGAACACACCCAACUGUACCAGCUACACCACCAACGGCAGCAGCCAGCACUCCUCCACGGCCAGCCAGCAGUUCUUCAAUCUUAAGAUGCUGGAGCGGACCGGGGGAAUAGAGGAAACGGGAAGGAUGCGAUGGGAGCUUUUGCUUCUGCUUCUCCUGGCAUGGACACUCAUUUACCUUUGUAUCUUUAAGGGGGUGAAGUCAACAGGCAAGGUGGUGUACUUCACGGCUCUGUUCCCGUAUGUCAUCCUUUUUACUCUGCUGGUCAAUAACGUGCAGCUCCCCGGAGCUCUUCAAGGGAUCACCUUCUUUAUCGUACCAGACUGGGAGAAGCUCCUCUCUGUGGAGGUUUGGGUCAACGCUGCGGCUCAGAUCUUCAACUCCAUUGGGAUAGGGUUCGGCUCGCUCCUGGCCAUGUCCAGCUACAAUUCCUUCAACAACAACGUCCUAAAAGACACCCUGGUUAUAUCCACCAUCAACUCGUUUACCAGCAUCUUGUCAGGGUUUGUCAUCUUCUCCGCCCUGGGCUACAUGUCUCAUCUGCAGGGCAUCCCCGUCAGUGACCUGGCCGUGGAUGGUCCUGGGCUGGUUUUUGUCGUCUACCCACAAGCCUUUUCCACCAUGCCAGUAGCUCCACUGUGGGCCGUGUUGUUCUUCUUUAUGCUGCUGUGUCUCGGGCUGGACAGUGAAUUUGCCAUGGCUGAGGUGAUGGUGACCAGUCUCAUGGAUGGAUUCGGCCAUCACCUGCUGUCUUUCUUUAAGCAGAAGGAGCUGUUCGUUCUGGCGGUGUGCGGCACGGCCUUCGUGCUGGGAAUUCCCUAUGUCAUGCAGGUUGGAAUCUAUAUUUUCCAGCUCAUGGACCAUUACACAGCCAUAAUUUCCAUCAUGUUCCUUGCUUUCUUCGAGGUGAUUGCCGUCUGUUGGAUUUAUGGUGUGAAGCGACUUUCAAGCAACUUAGAGGAGAUGACAGGAAAGACAGCAAAUAUCUUUUUCAGAGUGUGUUGGAUGGUAGUCAGCCCUCUACUGGUCACUGUAAUCCUAGUUUUUGCCAUCAUCCAGUUUAAACCGGCUCGCUACGAAGGUCAAGUCUUUCCCCAUUGGGCUCAGGGUAUCGGCUGGGUCAUUGCAAUGGCCUCCGUCAUCUGGAUUCCACUUGGGGCAGUUCACACACUGUGGGUCCUGCCUGGCUCACUGACACAGAAACUGAAGCUGUCGGUCACACCUUUCGCACUAAACGAUAAACAGAAAAUGCUUUAUUGUGAGAGAGGAGGAAAAGACAAGUAUCCAUCCAUCACAGCUAUCAGUUCUACCUGUCCGCUACCAGAAAGACCUCCUACUGAGACAAACCUCUGAUCCGUCGGCAUCGUCAUGUUCCCAUUUUAUUAUAGGUCAAGACAGGGUUGGGCGUUUGACCUGCCCAUCACUGGCACUGACAUGAAACGUUUGGCGCAAACUCUGCGAGUAAUUUACUGAUUAUUUGAUUGUCACAAAUUUCACCUGUUAAUUCUUUUUGUUUUUUUCUGUAAUGACAAAUCACCAGUCAACUUCUGGCAAGUUUACCAGAGGCUUACCACAAAACAGACAAGAGUUAUCGCUGCAUAUCUGCUACGCAGAUCGCGCAAAGUGGCCAUCUUUGUGAGCCUAUAAAUCUGAAGUGUGAUGUCUUGUUGAGGGUUCAUUAAUAGGUGGGGUAUUGUGAGCAGCCGGCCUUUAUCGGACGAGUACAUCCAAUAUGUGCGCCGCGGUGCCUUUUGUUGUGAUCUGUGCGUGCAUGGCGGUAAGGCCUAAGCGGAUCUAGACUUGCGGUUAGUAUCGCCGUGGAUAUCUGCAUCCAGCAACGGCCGUCGCUCGACUACGGGUGCAAAGCUUUUGGCCACACCCGUUGACGUUACCGACUGGUUGAGAUAAGCUUUAGGAUUUACAGCACGCCGUGGAAACAUAUUGCGGCUUUUUGUAACACAUUUUACUGAUGUUAUCUUGGACCAUAUAACGUUAUGUCUUUGUUGAAGCUAUUGAUCGGAGCUGGGGAAUGGGCAGUGCCAUGGGUCACAUUACACCGGGCAUGUUAUGUCAUGUAAGCCAUAAUAAAUAAAUAAAUAAAAAACCC